GUUUAAUAAAAAACAAAAAACAAUAAAAUAAUCAGUUAUUCAGCGCUCAUAUGCUUCUCUCUGUCAGAAUUUGGUCGAAGAAUAUUCAAAGGAGUCAAUCGGUAUGAGAGUCAGACACGACUCGAUGGACAGGUAGUCGUCAUCACCGGCGCCAACACUGGUCUCGGAAAGGAGACGGCAUAUCAACUGUCGCUAAGAGGGGCUCAGAUUAUAAUGAGUUGUCGGAGUAUAGAGAGGGGAGAGGAGGCUAUGAACGAUAUAAAGGUGCGGAACGGGAGGGCAGACCUGACACUCAUUCCACUGGAUUUGGCGUCUCUGAAGUCCGUACGAGAGUUCGCCAAAACGGUGUCCUAAAGGGUCGACCAAAUCGAUGUACUUAUCAAUAACGCGGGGGUUAUGAAUGUCCCGCAGUCCCAGACUGAGGAUGGAUUUGAAAUGCACUUCGGGGUCAAUCAUUUGGGCCACUUUCUGUUGACAAUGCAUUUGCUACCACUGCUGAAAAGGUCACCGAAAGCGCGUGUAGUGAACGUGUCUUCGAGCGGACAUUUGGUGGGAAAUAUAGACUUCGAUAAUAUAAACCUCCGAAACGGCGCCUACAGCUCAUAUAAGGCGUACCCUCAAAGCAAACUCGCUAACGUACUGUUCACGAGGGAACUGGCCAGACGUCUGGGCACAGGUAGCAAUAUAAACACAUAUAGCUUACAUCCAGGCGGUGUCUAUACGGAGCUCCAGAGGUACUCUUUUGGAUCUAUUGGACAUAAAGUGAUGAAGAGUUUGCUGUUGAGUGCAGAACAGGGCGCACAGACACAGAUAUACUGUGCCAUCGAUGAGAACCUGGAUAAUGAGUCUGGACACUAUUAUGCUGAUUGUCAACGCAUUGAUAGCAUGAUAUCGACGGCAACCGAUGAUAAAGUGGCCGAAAAACUGUGGGAAUUAAGCUGUGAUUUAGUUGGUCUCGAAGAUCACCUCAGAAUACCCGCCGUCAGGACGUAG